AUGACGUACCAUCAAAUGUACCGCAGAACAACAUUGGGGAAUACCCUCCAGGAAGCAUUAGAUGAACUAGUUGAUCAUAAACUAAUUCAACAACGGGCCGCUAUGAAAGUUCUUCAAAAGUUUGACCAAUGUAUCAGUAUUGCACUCUCCAGUCGUGUCAAAAAUCGGUUGAAUCUCAAAGGUCACCUGAAGACUUACAGAUUUUGUGACAAUGUAUGGACUCUUGUGAUGGAAGAUGUAGAAAUCAAGGACUCCUCAGUCAUCAUGAACGUAGACAAAGUAACAGUAGAGAGCACACGUCGACAGUAUCCUUCGAAGAGGUAUGCGUAA